CCAGUCCUUUCUGUCUGAUGGGAGAAUGAGGAGGAGGAGGAACUGGAAAACCUUGGAGCGCCUGGGAAAGUUUCAGUGAAGCCUCAAUGAAAGCAUCAAAAGAGCUUCAAUAGUGUUUGACUCAAUGGCCAAGAAAGGGCGAUCGAAGGGCGAGAAGCCCGAAGCGCUCAUUUCUGCCUUACAGGCAGCCAAUGAAGAUCUCAGGUCCAAGCUGACUGACAUUCAGAUAGAGCUACACCAAGAAAAAUGCAAGGUGAGCAAGCUGGAACGCGAUAAGGUGCAGGAGGUGAAGCGGGUGAGGGAGCAGGAGCAGCACCGCCACACCGCCAUGCUGACCGAGCAGCGGGCCAAGUGGCACGAGGAGAAGCAGAAGGAGCUGCAGGCUCUCCGGGAGAACCUGACCAGGCAGCACGAGCAGGAGCUGGCCCGCCACGCCAAGAUCAAAGACCAGGAGAACCAGAGGCUCAAGGCCGCGCUGAACGCCAUGCGAGACGGCAGCGGGGAAAAGGUACGCACGGCUCUGACCCUGGAGGCUAAGGAAGAUGCCCGUCGCUUCUUCGACCAGGAGAGAGUGAAGCUCCUGCAGGAGAUCGCGGAGCUCAAGUCCACGAAGAAGCAGACGGACGAGGCGCUCAGCAACAUGAUCCAGGCGGACAAGAUGAAGGCUGGAGACCUGCGGGUGGAGCACCAGCAGCAUCAGGAGCAGAUCUCCAAGAUCAAGUGGGACUGUGAGAGGGACAUCCGCAGGCUGGUGGAUGAAAUCAAAUCUAAAGACCGCACUAUUUUUGCUCUGGAGAAGGAACUGGAGUCGACAGCGGGCUUCCUACAGAAGCUCCAGCUUCAGAAAGAUGCGCUGGAUGAACAACUGUUCCUCGUCAAGGAGGCUGAGUGCGGCCUGGGAAGCCCAAAAAGAGAGAUUCCAGGCAGAGCCGGAGAUGGCGCAGAGCACUGUGGCAGCCCCGACCUGAGGAGAAAUCAGAGGCGCAUGGCCGAACUCAACUCUACCAUUCGCAAGCUGGAGGACCGUAAUUCGCUGCUAGGGGAUGAGAGGAAUGAACUACUGAAGCGAAUUAGAGAGUCAGAAAAGCAGUGCAAGCCUCUGCUGGACAAGAACAAGCUGUUGACAAAGAGGAAUGACGAUUUGACCCACACCAUCCAGAAGCUGGAGGAGAAACUGAAGAGUCUAACAAAGGAAAACGCUGAAAUGAAGGAGAGGAUAAGCUCCCACCCGCCUCUGAAGAAGCUGAAGUCCCUGAAUGACCUGGACCAGGCCCACGAUGACCAGGAAAUAGCCUUUCUCAAACUCCAAGUCCUGGAGCAGCAAAGCAUGAUUGAUGAGCUAACAAGAGAUCGUGAGAAGCUACUAAGGAAGAAGAGGCAUAAAAGAAGUUCCCGGCCAAUAAAGAGGCCCAUCGUAGUCGACACCUUCUUUGGGUAUGAUGAGGAGUCUAUGGACUCCGAGACGUCCUCUCUGACCAGGGAGUACCAGGCCUUACAGCGAGCCUACGCCCUGCUGCAGGAGCAGAAAGGAGGCAUCCUGGAUGCUGAGAUGGAAGCGAAGGCUCAUGAGCAGCUGCAAGCAGAUGUUCUCAGGUAUAAGGCCAAAAUAGAAGACUUGGAGAAGGAGAUAACACAAAAAGGACAGGACUCCAAAUGGGUUGAGGAGAAGCAGCUGUUCUUACGAAGGAAUCAGGAGUUGUUUGACAAGGUGGAAAAGGUGGAGUCGGAAUCCAAUCGCCUACAUCAGGAGCUUCAAGACUCCAAGGACCAAAAUGAGCUGUUAGAGUUCAGGAUACUGGAGCUGGAGGAGCGAGAGAGAAGGUCCCCUCCGUUCAACCAUUUGAGGAUGCAUCCGUUCUCUGACGGAGUCAGUGCUCUUCAGAUCUACUGUAUGAAAGAGGGGGUAAAGGAUGUGUGCAUACCUGAUCUCAUCAAACUAUUAGAUAUCCUUGGAGACAAUGGGAAUCUGAGAAACGAGGAACAGGUGGCUAUCAUUCAGGCCAGCACAGUUUUGUCACUAGCCGAAAAGUGGAUUCAGCAGAUAGAAGGGACGGAGGCAGCACUGCAUCAGAAGAUGAUGGACCUGGAGAUAGAGAUGGAGAUGUUCUGCAAACAGAAAGGAUAUCUAGAGGAGGAGCUAGAUUACAGGAAACAGGCCCUUGACCAGGCCUACAUGCAAAUUCAAGAGUUGGAAGCAACGUUAUACAACGCCCUUCAGCAGGACAAGGUGAUCAAAUACGGUGAGCCUCUGGACGAGCUUCAGAGAGACGAGCUGCGGACGGCGGUGGAAAAGCUGAGGAGGCAAAUGCUGAGGAAGAGCCGGGAAUACGACUGCCAGAUCCUCCAGGAGAGGAUGGAACUGCUCCACCAGGCCCACCAGAGAAUCCGAGAUCUGGAAGACAAGACGGAAAUCCAGAGGAGGCAGAUUAAAGAUCUGGAGGAAAAGGUCCUGUGUCAGCUCGGAAAUCUUGAUUGUGACUACAGUGUGAUGUAUUUUCUGGACGAGCCGGUGUGUGUAGCUGUUAGUGUCAUAACAUCAGUGACUGCUGUUGGUGUGGGUGGACCCGUGGCGCCCGGGCCGAUUCACGCUGCAGCCCCGAGAGGGAGGUAA